AUGAUGCUUGUCAAAGCUCGAGCUAUUCUAUCAGCUGCUUUAUUAUUCAAAUUUGAUGGUAAUGCCUUUCUCUUUCAUUACUCAGCAACGGCGGUAAGUACUUCAAAUCUGUUAGUGAAGUACUUCAUCAACUCUCUGGGAUUCUCCAAAGAAGAAGCAAUCUCUUCAUCUGCUAAGGUAACCCGCAACAUUUCUUUCAAGAAUGCAGAUUUAGCCCUCAAUUUCUUGAAACAAACAGGUUUUAACGAUACCAACCUCAAAAUCUUGGUUUCCAAGUCUCCAGAUUUGCUAUUCUAUGAUGUUGAAAGAACCCUUAAACCCAAAUUACAAUGUCUUUCUGAACUUGGGUUAUCUGGUCCUGAUUUAGUCAAACUCCUUUUGAGAGAUUGGACACUUGUUAAUAGAGGAUUACAUUCUCAUAUAAAACCCCUUUUAAAUCGUCUUAGAAAUGUAUUGGGUAGUGAUGAAAAUGUGGUUAAGGUUAUAAAGAAAACCUCUUGGUUGAUUAGUCAUAAUAAUCAUGGAACUAUGGAAGCUAAUCUGAAUUUAUUGCGGUCGUUUGGUUGCUCAAAUGAUAAGAUCAAGAAUACUGUGAUUAGAAAUACACACCUUCUUAAAAUUAGUACCAAGAAGCUUGAGAAAAUGCUGCAUAGGGUGGAAAAAGAAGUCGGUGUUUCUCCUGACUCGGCGAGGUUUCUCCACAUCGUUGUUGUGCUUACUUGCUGUAAUCAAAAGAAUGUAGAAACUAAGCUUGGAAUCUUCAAGAGUUUUGGGUGGUCUGAUUCGGAUACUCUCACCAUGUUGCAAAAACUACCUUGCUGUGUAGGCCUAUCAGAGGCGAAAAUCCGAACUGCAUUGACAUUUUUGAUGAAGGAACUCGGGUACGAGUCCAUUUACAUCGCUUCUCGCCCUUCACUUUUAGCAUACAGUUUGGAGAAGAGACUAAUACCCAGGUAUGAAAUAUGGAAACUCGUCAAUGAAAAAUAUCUGAUAAAGAGUAGGCAGGAGUUUUACACAGUUAUGACAUGGUCUGAGUCAAAGUUUUUGGAGAAGUAUGUGCUGCCUGUCAAAGCUGAACUGCCUGACUUGUAUGAUUUGUACAUCAAGAGGAUAGGAAAAUAG